GAGCUCAUUGGAAAAUACUUUCCCUAAAACAGAAACAGCAGCUGUCAAUCUCUAUUUGAUAUUUCCAGCAGCAGAAGUUUUUCUAAAGAACAGGACAACAACAGAACUAUACUAAGCAAGAUUAUGAAGAAAUCUUUUAAUAAGACAACCAAGGAUUCCAGCUCUCCAAACUCAAGCAAUCUCUCAGAACCCUAUAUGUCUACAAAGGAGAUCAUAAACACAAAACCUUUCUCAUGUUCUGAAUGCGGAAAAUGUUUUCGCUGGCAGUCACAAAUUGUUAUACAUCAGAGAACUCACACGGGAGAGAAACCUUUCUCAUGUGCUGAAUGUGGGAAAUGUUUUAGCGUGCACUCAGGUCUUGUUCAACAUCAGAGAACUCACACAGGAGAGAAACCUUUCUCAUGUGCUGAAUGUGGGAAAUGUUUUAGCGCGCACUCAGAUCUUGUUAAACAUCAGAGAACUCACACAGGAGAGAAACCUUUCUCAUGUGCUGAAUGUGGGAAAUGUUUUAGCGCGCACUCAGGUCUUGCUAAACAUCAGAGAACUCACACAGGAGAGAAACCUUUCUCAUGUGCUGAAUGUGGGAAAUGUUUUAACUGGCAUGCUCACCUUGUUUUACACAAGAGAACUCACACAGGAGAGAAACCUUUCUCAUGUUCUGAAUGUGGAAAAUGUUUUAACAGGCAUGCUCACCUUGUUUUACACAAGAGAACUCACACAGGAGAAAAACCUUUCUCAUGCUCUGAAUGUGGGAAAUGUUUUAGCCAUCACUCAUCUCUAGUUAAUCAUCAGAGAACUCACACAGGAGAGAAACCUUUCUCAUGUGCUGAAUGUGGGAAAUGUUUUAGCCAUCACUCAGCUCUAGUUAAGCAUCAGAGAACUCACACAGGAGAGAAACCUUUCUCAUGCUCUGAAUGUGAGAAAUCUUUUAGCUGGCACUCAAAUCUUGUUUCACAUCAGAGAACUCACACAGGAGAGAAACCUUUCUCAUGUUCUGAAUGUGGAAAAUGUUUUCGCGGGCACGCACAUCUUGUUAAACAUCAGAGAACCCACACAGGAGAGAAACCUUUCCCAUGUUCUGAAUGUGGGAGAUGGUUUAGACAUAACACAACUCUAGUUAAACAUCAGAGAACUCACACAGGAGAGAAACCUUUCUCAUGUUCUGAAUGUGGGAAAAGUUUUAGCGGGCACUCAAAUCUUGUUACACAUCAGAGAACCCACACAGGAGAGAAACCUUUCUCAUGUGGUGAAUGUGGGAAAUGCUUUAACGAGCACUCAAAUCUUAAAGCACAUCAGAGAAUCCACACAGGUGAGAAACCUUUCUCAAGUACAGAAUGGAGAAAUAGUUUUGUCAGUGAACCAGAUUUUGUUAAACAUAACUGA